AUGGCCAUCUUCGCGUCUUCAGCUGUACGCCUACUCAUCGGCCUCACAGUCGCACUCACCUUCAUCGCCUUCUUCACACCAACAGGCUACGUACCAGACGUCGCAUUAUCAUUCAGGAUGCCAGCUGCACUAAAAAAGCUCGACGUCUCCAUUUCCCAGGAGGAGAAGGAUCCUGUUCUCAUCCGCGCAACCGUCAGGAACAACAACGACGAGCCCGUCACUAUCCUCAGCUACGGCUCACCCCUGGACCCCUUGGGCAUUUCUCUUGGCAUUCUCUACAUCACGCCAAAGGGCGACAGCAAACCACUUGACAUCAUGCAGAUUGAAGCAUCACGACUCUGGCCGCCUGCUGAUGAUGCUCUAAUUGAGAUUCUCCCCGGCCGAUCGGCCAUUUGGGAAUUCACCCUCCAGGAACCUGUCGUCCCGAUGGACAAGGUGUUUGAGGGCGCGACGGUGCAGCUCAAGGGGACGUGGAAUGCUGUGUGGACAAAGGAGAAGAAGAAUGUUGACUACGCAUCCUUCGAGGACGGCACACCAGCAAACGAGACUCUAACAGGGCCAUUCAAGUCAAAUGUUAUCGACAUUGAAGUCGUAUAA